CCGGCCCGGAGGCUGUUGCGGCGCCGCUGACGUCCGCCGCGGGCUGUGGCUGCAGCUCCAGCUCGCGAGCUCCGCGGCGGUGGCCCGCGUGAUUGACGGGAAGCCCGCGGGCCAGGUUACGUAGUUCUCCGAGUCCACCCUGAUAAGAAGGGAUUAUGAAAGAGCUGGGAAACGGCAGGAAUCGCCAUCCCUACCGACCGCAUCCCGUUCUUUCUGUGCUGACAUUUCAUUGUCUGUCCUUUGCUGGUGGCCCUAGUUAUGUCAAAGCAGAGGGAGCCGUGCUGAAGAUGGACACACAGCACUAGAGAGUUUUUCCUCUUUUCUCAAAAGUCCUGAUUAUUUGGUGUCUUGUCUCCAGUCACUGCUUCUCAAUCAAGUCUGUUUGCUUCAUCAGAAAUGUUUUUAACAAUCUCAAGAAAAAAUAUGUCCCAGAAACUGAGUUUCCUGCUGCUGGUGUUCGGACUCAUCUGGGGGCUGAUGUUACUUCACUAUACAUUUCAACAGCCGCGGCAUCAGAGCAGCGUCAAGUUACGUGAGCAGAUCCUAGAUUUAAGCAAAAGAUACGUGAAGGCCCUGGCAGAGGAGAGCAAGAGCAUGGUGGAUGUGGACAGCGGAGCCUCCAUGGCAGGCUACGCGGAUCUGAAGAGGACGAUCGCAGUCCUCUUAGACGACAUCCUGCAACGCUUGGUGAAGCUGGAGAACAAGGUCGACUAUAUUGUUGUGAAUGGUUCGGCAGCCAACACUACCAACGGCACCAGUGGGAGCUUCGUGCCGGUGACCACCCACAAAAGGACGAGCGCGCCGGGCAGUGUCAGAUAGCAGUGAGGGCCACCUGCAGGGCUGCACCACUGUGGAGUACAUCCGUCGCAGGACACCUCUAAACCGCUGCCUGGGACGCAGUGAUACUUGACAAUAAAAGCUCUACGCAUUUCCAAGGAGCUCGCUGGAUUCAUAGGACGCUACUUCUGUAUAUAAACUCGCAGGCACUCUUAGUUUGCUUUCCCACAAAGCUCUUCAAUGCUGUUCUGUAUACUUCCUGGGAGUUUGGCAGCACAGUGGAUGUGGUGAGCAGGGAGGUCAUCUUCGUAUCCAUCUUUAGUAUCUGAGAUCAAGAAGAAACAAAAACACCAGAAAGACAUGGAGUCCUUUCUAUAAAAUAUUUAUUUAAGUAUGUAACAUGCUUUUCAGAGAAGCAGACGACAACAUUACUGAAUUAUUCUGUCGUCUGCCCUCAUGAUGUCCCUGUGAGUAGAAAACAUGCUUAAUUCCAGUACUAUAUUUUGUUACUCAGAUUAUGAGCAGGAAAAGGAAGUGUCAUGUUAAAAAUCAUGUUUUGAAAUAGACCCAAAGAAUGUUUUCAUUUGCACUAUCCUUCAAAAUAACUGAAGGUUAACUGUAUAUUUUUUAAAAAUAGCAUUUGUAAGAGUAUAAUUUUGAAAUGGGUAGCAACCACUGUCCAUAGCCUAACCAUUGGGGACUAUUUAAUAGAAAUGAGAGUAAUCUCUAAUCUCAUACUUAAAAAUUUCUUACAUAUAUUCUGCAUAAUAAUACAUAUUUUUAUGAUGAAAUGAAAAAUAAAAUAUGCGUGAUUUUUCACAAUCAUGAUUGUUGAUUUGAAAGUAAAUCCCAGUGUCAUAUGCUUGUAGCCAUGGAUACUCAGGAGGCUGAGGCAGGAGAAUUGCAAGUUCACUGCCAGCCUAGGCAACAGAGCAGACCCUAUCUAAAAAAAGGAAAAGGAAAAUAUUCGGCCCAUUAACUGCUUCUGCAUUAGGAAGGCGUACAUUAUUUCCAUAUUUUGGUAAAUGUUGCUUUGAUUAUAUUGGUGGGGAAAGGAAGAGACUUGAGGACGUUAACCAGAUGUAUAUAAUAAAUGUAUUUGUGCUGCACAAAACUGCUUGGAAAAUGUUAAUGUUAGUUGAUGUUAUGUAAGAGUAUCCUGUGUUAGGAGAUGUCAGAUUAGCUACUCAUUUUAUAUAACUGAUCACUUUACAAAAUUAAGAACAUUAAAAUAUAAAUUAUGAAGACUGAUUAUCUUUUUAGGGAAAUAGCUACUGUAUACAGCACAAGAAAUCUUAACUUGGUUGAUUCUAGUAUAGAAAAAACCAUGUCUUUAUUUAAAUAUCUUUUGUAGCAAAUCCAAUUGCUAUAUAGUAUUCUAUAUUUCGUAGUAUUUAUUCUACAUAAUGACUGCUCAAGAGCAGCUGGCCUCUAGAUUCAGACUAAAUUGAACUUAGUUUUCAAGAUUGUUCCUUAUUAUAAUGUGCUACCACAAACAGUAGCAGUGAUUGUAAUAUUUUGUUAAAAUGAGUAUAAGAAUAUAUUGUUUCACGAAAGAUAGCUUUCUGAAAUGUCUUCCUUGUACCUUUAUGUGAAGAGAUUAUGUCCCUUUGCUAGGUUGAAGUCUGAAGGGCUUAUGCAGUCUCAGAGGGGUUGUGAACAUUUCUGUUUUGUCAUUGUUUUCAGGGAUGAAAUAAAAUAGAUGGUUUGUAUUUACAA